AUGAGUGGGGACCCACUCUGCUCCUCUACUGAAUGGGAAUACCAUAAGGGCAUAAUAGUCCCAAGGGUAGAGGUGGUCAGCAAGGGAAAGGUCCAACAAUCUGGGAGAUCAGAGAGGCUGCGUCUCCUCCCCAACUGUUCCCUCCACAUCAGUGACGUCUCCCCUGAGGAUGCUGGAUGGUACCAGUGUCUGCAGUAUAAUGGAUCAGAUCUUACUGCUCAGACCUUUGUAACACUCCAUGUUCUUCAUACUUUGCCAGGUGAAGAUCCCUCAGGAGGACUUGAGGUCGUGUCUUGCAUCGUGUCCACCUAUGACGGGGGGUGUAAUCGGGAUGUGCGUGUGAGGUGGGUGGAUGAGAGUGGAGCUGAGCAGCUGAACUCAGACCAUGUGAAGAUCAACAGAAAGUCUGACUGUCAGGUCCAGCUGGCUGUCAACACCAUGGUCCUGAUGAGUCCAGCUCUCACACACACAUGGACGUGCCAACUCACUUAUUAUGGAGUGGUUAAGGUCUCUAUCCCCUAUACAGUCCACACACCAGGUGUUGCUGCGGUGACCGUCCUCCGAUUGGCUCCUCUGGUUGUCAUGGUGAUAAUCGUCAUGACAACACUGCUGUUGCUAAAGAGAAGAAGGGGUGGACGCGAUGCAAGACACGACCUCAAGUCCUCCUGA